UAAGAAAAUGAAGAUGAAGAAGCUUCUAAAAAUGGUGUUCCUCUUGGUCGCUUACUUAACUUGUUCCAUCGCCAUGGCUAGUUACCACGGAUGUGACAAGGCUGCAGAGAAGGCAAUGAGAAUGAGCGUGGUCGGAGAAGAUUCAAGAGACGAGUUUGGGAACGACGAGGAGAAGAAGAAGAAGGUGAAUUUUUGGUCGGGUCGUAAGUUAGUUUCUGGUCCAACUCGUAGAGGUUGCGGCCACUAAAUAUUUAGGUGUGGUAAGAUUAUAUAUCCCCUAGUUUGUGUUUCUUGGUAUCGUUUUUCUAAGGUAGGAUGAGUGUUGUUAUGGAUAAU